AUGGAUUCCACCAACCUACCACGAAAGUAUGACGAUAAAGUUGACCUUGUAGUUACAUUUGGCGGGGAUGGGACAAUCUUGCACGCUGCAUCUCAAUUCGCUGCAUCAUCCGAAGUGCCACCUAUUCUGUCCUUCAGCAUGGGUACCCUUGGGUUCUUGAGUGAAUGGAAAUUUGCCGAGUACAAGCGGGCAUUUCGGGAGGUUUAUAUGUCGGGAGCGGCCUCCGAAAGGCAUGCUGUCAUUCAAGGCUCGUCUUCGACAGAGUUGAGUGCUGAAACAGACUGUACAGGCUGGUCAUCAGUACGUGGAAAGUCCAUGGGUCCUACGCGAGGAGCUAGAGUGCUGGUGCGCCAGCGUCUGAAAGUCAGCAUUUUCGACGCGAAGGGCAAUCGACUCAGUACCAAUGGAGAUGCUACACACGACGCGCAUGCUAUGAACGAAGUCAUUCUUCACCGGGGUCGAGAUCCGCACCUUGCUAUCGUCGAUGUGUACGUUGGCGGUCGGUUCUUGACUGAGGCUGUUGCCGAUGGCAUGAUUAUCAGUACCCCAACCGGCAGCACGGCGUAUAGCCUCAGUGCCGGCGGCAGUAUCAUACACCCGUUGGUACCGUCUCUGUUGCUCACACCCAUCUGCGCGCGGAGCUUGAGUUUCCGCCCCCUAAUCCUCCCCGCAACCACACCAAUCAGCCUGAAGUUGAGUGAAAAGAACCGGGGACGUGAAGUGGAAGUCAGUAUUGACGGCAUGAGACGGAAAGAUGGCAUCGGCGUUGGGACUGAAGUCCGCGUUUCGGCAGAAGAAUUUAAGAGUGAGGUGGAUGGAUUUGUCGGGGGCAUCCCCUGCAUAAUGCGGAGAACAAGUGGUGGGACUGAAUCAGACGAUGGAUGGGUCGGCGGAUUGAACGGACUUUUGAAAUUCAACUAUCCGUUUGGUGAAGAGUCUUGA